AUGCACCCUGGGGUCCCGGCGGCACUGGGGCUCUCUGAGCCUGGUCCCCGAGAGCUGUGUGCUUUUGUGAGUGGGGCAGCGGCCCACAUGCUGCGGGCCCUGCAGCCCAGACGCACCCGGCCACCCAAGAGGAGGCCCAACCACAGGAGGUUCCUGCACAACCAGAUCUGCAGGCAAUUCGCCAAGAUUGAGGCUGCCACCCAGAGCCUGGCCCUAUCCAUCCUGUCCCAGGAGGCAACCCCCCAGAGAAAGCCAGCCAGAAGGCCACCCUUGCCGCCUCCAUCUCCCUUCCUGGGGGUGGCUUGUGCUAUGGCCCCCAUGGAGGCACCCCAUACCAGCGCCACCCUGAGCCUUGCUGCCCUAGAGGCCUCCACCCUUGACCUCUUCGAUGACAUUGCACUCACCCCAGACUGUCCUUCAGUGCCAUGUGAUCUGUCCUCACAGCCUCUGACUGCUGAUACUCCCCAGCUGGCGCUCGUCGCAAUUAUUCCCAAGAUCUACUGA